UAUUUCAUUGAAAAUCGAAUGCAAAAAAAAUAAUUUAUUUGAUAACAUCAGUCUAAAUUAUUUUGGUAAGGGUAAAUAUUGAUGCAUGCCACUCUUCUGUUUUCCUGUCCAAAUAAUCAGCAUUUGCAUACGAAAGUGGGUGGGGAUACCAGCAUGAUUCAGGAAUUCCUGUUGUCCGGCUCUGUCGGCGUAACAUGUCUUGUUGCCUUGGUUACUGGCCUUGUUGUGUACUGGUUGAUACAAAAAUGGAAGUACAAGUUCCCGCCCGGGCCAUCUGGGCUCCCCCUCCUUGGAAACGCCUUACAGAUGGAUUCGAAAAAGCUGCAUGAACAAGCGUUUGAGUGGUCAAAGAAGUAUGGACCAGUGAUCACAGUUAGACUAGGUACCAUGCCGCUGGUAUUUGUCAACACAAUAGAUACAGCCAUGGAGGUGCUGGUUAAAAAAUCAACCGAUUUCGCUUCAAGAAUGAUAACUCCCACUGUUGAUGUGUUCACGUAUGGUGGUAAAGAUAUAGCCUUUAGCAAUUAUGGUCCAACUUGGAAACUACACAGAAAAAUUACAUCAAAGGCAUUGCGGUAUUACUUGCAAGGAGACGCAUUGGAGCACAGAAUACACGAUGCAGUGGAAACGGCUUUUGUUGAAAUUGACAAAGUUUCUGGACAAUUUGAUCCAGCAGAAUAUAUCAAUUUUAUUGUUGUUAACAUUCUUACGGGACUUUGUUUCGGAGGAAAAUAUGAUUUUAAGGAUAAAGAACUGAGUUAUAUUUUGGAAUCAGAAGAUACCUUCAAUGAGAAGCUCGGGGGAGGAACAUGGGAAGAUAUAUUUCCACCAUUGAGAUACGUGUAUAAGACAGCACUUUUUAAGGAGGUGGAGGCAUUUACUGAUCAGGUUAUAGAGCGCUUUAUAAAGAAAAAGUUCAAAGAAGCAGAAUCUACAUUUAACAAAGAAAAUAUUCGGCACUUCACAGAUAACCUGAUUCUUGCUAGAACUGAAGCAGAAGAAGAGGAUGGGAGUGAAGCUGCCAACGGUCUAGAUGAAGAACAUCUUGUUCAAACCCUUGCUGAUAUAUUCUUUGCUGGAAUAGAUACCUCAAGAUUCACGCUCAGAUUUGCCCUGUUACACAUGGUGGCGUUCCAAGACAUACAAGAAAAGGUCCAGGAAGAGAUUGAUAACGUGGUCGGUAGAGACAGAUUACCGGGAAUUGCAGAUCGACCGAAUUUGGGUUACACAGAAGCUGUUUUACACGAAAGCAUGCGUUUAGCAAGCGUUGCUCCGACAGGACUUUUUCACAUGACGUCACGUGAUACUGAAGUUUCUGGUUACAGAAUCCCUAAAGGAACAAAUGUAGUCAUCAAUCACUGGGGAUUGCACCAUGAUCCUGAUGCCUGGGAUGAAGUGGACAGAUUUAUCCCUGAAAGAUAUUUAGGAGAGAAUGGAAAGCUCGGGCCAAAACCAAAGAACUGGUUACCGUUCUCGGCCGGAACAAGGGUGUGUCUUGGUGAAUUUGUAGCAAAGCCUGAACUGCAUUUGAUCUUUGCGAGUCUGAUGCAACGCUACAAAUGGAAAAUGGUAUCAGGACUGUGCCCCGAUAUCACACCUGCCGGAAAUGCGUUCGCACUGGGCAGUAAACCCUACAAAGUCGUUGUUGAAAAGCGUAUUUAAGAUUAUAUCAGUUACUAGAUUCCAAUGGCCUGUUUAAGUUUCAGGAGAUACCAGCGUAUUGCAGAAGUUGUGUAUUAUUGGCACUUUAGCGUGAAAUAAUACUGAUACAAAUGAAACUUUUUGUUAAACGGCAAUGGUAAUGAGUACAACGAAACCUAUGCUUGUAUGAGGGCUGAUGAGUGCUUGUAACCACGCAAAGAAUGCCAAUGCCGUUUAAUGAAUGUUUAUAAUUACCUAGACGAAGUAACGUUAGUAGAUUGUUUUGAUAUAAAAUUAACGUAUUUUUAUCGGGUUGACCCGGGGUAAAAUGAUGUCAGAAAUGACGUAGCACAUCACUGGCUGUCGUAUAACCAGUUAUUGCGUCAUCCUCCUGUUAUUGGCAUUGAUUACAUAAUUUUGUUACAAGCGAUAUAGCUACUAAAAGUAAGUAAUCUCGAGAAAAGAAAUUUCAUUUCGUAUUAGUGUUAGCGUCAACGUUUCAGCAUGAAUUAUUUGUUGAUUGCAUGUGCGGCAGCACGAAGUAAACUAAUUCGCUUUUUCCCGUUCUAUGUUUCGUUAUGUUGCGUUGUUAGUUUUGCUUUGUCAAAACGAAAUGUCUUAUAUUUGCCACCAUAAUUUUUGCUUAAAAUGUUUAUAAUGAGAGUUUCUUUUUCUAGUUUUAUUGUACUUGUAAACUUGUUUUGCUAUAUUUUAACUCUUACCCUGCUAAAUUUCUAUAAUGGAUUUGUCCGUCUUCCAGUUUGGACAGUACCAGUAACUGUUAAGAAGGGUGUUUACCAAAAUUAUACUGCCUGAAUAGCGAAAUGUGCUAAUCAUGAUCGGAAACUGCGGGUGUGCAGGCUGAUCAUGACCUACACUAGUCGCUGAGGCAGAAUCAGUCAUGUCCAGCAUGGUAAGGGCUUAGUUUAGCGUUUUAAUUACUCGUUGUAUUUUGAGUGCAUGCAUAAAAUGAUGGUGUUAAUACAAUAUAUAAUAUACUUUUAUUUAGUAUCUAAUUUCUUAAGACAAUAUAAUUAAAGUGAAUGAGUAUGGUCUGUAUUCAGAUUGCAUUAAACAAAUCCAGAAUUGUUCUCUUUUUAAAGGGACUGAACUGAAUCGUGUUAAGAAAAUAUCGCAGAGAGAUGAAAACUGAGCGCUCGUCAGUUUUCUCAGAUUAUGAUGUAUUUGUUUUGAAAGUUAAAACUGUCUGCAAAAUUUUUCUAUAAUAGCUCAACUUCUGUUGGAAUAUUUAGAUACAUGUAUAAGCAAUAUAUCCCACAUUAUUGUUGAUAAAUCAAACCUAAGUUGAGUGAAUUGUUGGUUUACACUGGCAGGCUAUUUAAAGGUUAUAUUUAAACAACAAUUAAUUACUGUUUGUUAUUUCUCAUAUUUUCAUACAUUUGAAAAGAUAGUGUGAUACAACAACUGAAAUACAGUAGUAAGAAGCGAGUGAAAACUAAUUUCUAAAUAGAUUACUACUUCGGAGGCUCUAAGAGUUAAUGUUACUUGUAGAGGUAAUAUCAGUGUGAAUCGUGUAGACGUAUUGUAAUAAAGGCUACAUCAUUCGCAACACAUGUGUUUUGUCCUCCGUCUGGUCAUCACACACGGACGGACAAAUCGAGUCUACACACGGACGGACAAAUCGAGUCUACGCAGAGACGACUUGCUUGAUGGGCAAUGUACAAUCAUAGAUGCACCUCCAAUGUUGUUGCCUUGUUUUUCACCCUUACCUUGAGAUGAAUUUACCACCGCCGUAUUUGCUUACGCCUAGCUAUGCUCGAUAACGUAACCCACAACUUAGUUGCUAUUCCAGUAGAAUUCUGUUUAUUUCCAAAUAAAAAUACACGUCGUCUGUCUCACUCUAUAUGUCCCUCAGAAAAUCCAAACAAGCUCAGAUCUUUAUAGGUUUUCAUUUUCCCUCGAACUUUUAACAACUGGAAUUCACUCCCUGAGAAUAUUUGUUUCUCUUGAAGCAAAUCAGCCAAGCGUUCUGCCAAACUGAAAAUAAAUGUGUCCCCUUAGAAACCAGAUGUCUUUUAACAUAUUUUGAUACAGUCUAACAAUCUACGCCGACUCUUUCAUGCUUAUCUCUUUUUCUGUCAAUUGAAGCACGUCAAAGUCUGUACUCCAGUGUGUUUUGACAAAUCGGAAGACAGACGGCCACAUGUUACCACACAGAGAGAUAGAUAAACAGAUACAUGUAUUAGGCAGUCAAAAUCUCUAGACGUUUUACAGAAGAAUCUUAAAACAUUUUAUUUCAGAACUUUUAUUCAUUGUUUUGACACCAAAAGAAUUAGGUAUCGUGUUUUGUCGGUUAUAGUUUAAUGCUUCCCGUUUGAUGAUGUUUUGGUUUGUGUAUUAUUUGGUUAAGUAGUAUUUAUAUAUUCAAUGUAUUUGUAAAUAUCUAUGUAUCGUAACGACCUUUUCUACAUUUUAAAGUUUAUUGCACAAGGUCAUUGAAUAACUGGUCGUUUUAUCAAAUAAACUAUUUUCAGUUUCA